UUGGCUCCUUCUCAGGCAAAGCUGCUCACAUCAUUUAGUUGUGACAGGCGCUUUUAGUGAAUCUGGCGACAACGUUACCGCACGCUUGUGUCAAGUUUGCACACAUUACGCACAUAGAAAUAGCUUUUUUUGCACUGCCUAAGAAACAGCAGAGAUGCGUAUUGCGUUUAACUUUACCGAAAAGCUGCAUUUCAGCGAAUAUUUCUCGGUACUCACGUCCGCGUAACUCAGGUAGACUAAAAAGCGAAACGCACCCAUACCGCUGCUGACGGGCUCGGAGACAAACUAAUUGCUUUUGUAUGACUCCGUAAAUCUGUGCGAUGUGUAAUGUCCUCGUUGUGGGGGUGUGCAGCAGGAUAGGAGAAGGGAUAAGUGUUGGCUGAAUUGCUGCAUGUUCUCCGUCCACCGUGGCGGUUGUCUCUCUUUUUUUUGCCCCCCUGAUCCGACAACUUCAGCCGCGUUACCGAGAGAGAGGAGGGAGAAAGCACCGCAGCAUCUCCCGUAUCCUCGGUUUUUUUUUUGUGUGUGUGUGUUUGUUGACAGCGCCCUUCAAACCACACCAGCCUCCAUUUAAACCAUCUUGUUCUUGAGUUAAGAAUGACUAAGAGUGGCACGCCGUGGGAACUACUGCGUUUUUGUUUGUUGCUUUACGACCAGAGCUCAAAGUUGAAAGCGACUGAAGCCGUAUUGGAUGUAGAUUCUCGCCGGCUGGCAUGGCAUCACGGUUAUUCCCCGCUGGAUGGACGGGCGAUCUGCUCAAUAACUUAUUCCAGAAACCGUUUUCUGUUCUAAUAGUUGACUGGUAGCGUCUAUAAGGUUGCGUGUAUUGUGCAAAUAAAUGACCUGAGGUAAAUGGCUUGCAUGGUUUAUUUGUUGCCUAGGUGGCGUUCACAGUCAGGAAGUCAUGUCCAGAUCGGGUGAUAGAACAUCCACCUUUGACCCAACACACAGUGACACCCUGCUGCAUGGGCUCAAUCUCUUGUGGAGAAAACAGCUUUUCUGUGAUGUGACUCUCACUGCCCAGGGACAGCAGUUCCACUGCCACAAAGCUGUGCUGGCAUCCUGCUCCCAGUAUUUCAGAUCCCUCUUCUCCUCCCAUAAUGUAAUCAACAAUGAGGGGAGCAAAGGGGACCAGGGCAGCAGUGGGACCCCCUCAUCCUCUCCCGAUGACAAGCUGGUGACCCCCAGUGCCAGGCCCAUCAAUAACCUGGUACUCCAGGGCUGCUCCUCCAUUGGACUACGAUUAGUGCUGGAGUACCUCUACACUGCCAACGUGACUCUUUCCCUGGACACCGUGGAAGAGGUGCUGUCAGUCAGCAAGAUCCUCAACAUCCCCCAGAUUACUAAGCUCAGCGUCCAGUUCCUCAACGACCAGAUCUCUGUGCAGAACUACAAGCAGAUCUGCAAGAUUGCUGCUCUCCAUGGACUGGACGAGACCAAGAAGCUGGCCAACAAGUACCUGGUGGAGGAUGUGCUCUUGCUAAACUUUGAGGAGAUGUGUGCCAUGCUAGAUGCUCUGCCACCCCCGGUGGAGUCAGAGCUGGCUCUCUUCCAGAUGUCAGUCCUCUGGCUGGAGCAUGACCGGGAGACUCGCAUGCACUAUGCGCCAGACCUUAUGAAGAGGCUGCGCUUCGCCCUCAUACCUGCCCCGGAGCUGGUGGAGAGGGUGCAGUCUGUUGACUUCAUGAGGAGUGACCCUGUGUGCCAGAAACUACUCCUGGAUGCCAUGAACUACCACCUGAUGCCCUUCAGGCAGCACUGCAGGCAGACCAUGGCCAGCAGAAUCCGUUCCAAUAAGAGGAUGCUGUUAUUGGUGGGUGGUUUGCCUCCUGGACCUGAUCGUCUCCCCAGCAAUUUGGUCCAGUACUAUGACGACGAGAAAAAGACAUGGAAGAUCCUCACAAUAAUGCCUUACAACAGUGCCCAUCACUGCGUGGUGGAGGUGGAGAACUUCCUGCUGCUGCUGGGCGGAGAGGACCAGUGGAACCCUAAUGGAAAGCACAGCACUAAUUUUGUCAGCCGCUAUGAUCCCAGAUUCAACAGUUGGAUACAGUUGCCCCCUAUGCAGGAGAGGAGAGCCAGUUUCUUCGCCUGCCGCCUGGAUAAACACCUGUACGUGAUUGGUGGUAGGAACGAAACUGGCUACCUCUCCAGCGUGGAGUCCUACAACCUGGAGACUAAUGAGUGGAACUAUGUGUCCUCUCUGCCGCAGCCUCUGGCCGCCCAUGCAGGAGCAGUACAUAAUGGCAAGAUCUACAUAUCAGGAGGAGUACACAAUGGAGAGUAUGUGUCCUGGCUCUACUGUUAUGACCCUAUAAUGGAUGUGUGGGCGAGGAAACAGGAUAUGAACACAAAGCGUGCCAUUCAUGCCCUGGCUGGAAUGAACGACCGCCUGUACGCUAUUGGUGGAAACCAUUUGAAAGGUUUUUCCCAUCUAGACGUGAUGUUGGUUGAGUGUUACGACCCGAAAGCUGACCAAUGGAACAUCCUGCAGACGCCCAUCCUGGAGGGUCGCAGCGGCCCCGGCUGUGCUGUUCUGGAUGACAGCAUCUUCCUCGUGGGGGGCUACAGCUGGAGCAUGGGGGCCUAUAAGUCUUCCACCAUCUGCUACAGCCCAGAGAAAGGAACAUGGACAGAGUUGGAGGGAGAGGUGGCGGAGCCUUUGGCGGGCCCAGCCUGUUCCACCGUCAUACUGCCUGCCUGCCUUCCCUUUAACAAAUGACAACUAAUCCAACCAGCGGGCGGCGAGGGUGAGAAGCAGCAGAAUGACUGGGGGGAGGACCAUCAAUAAGCAAAACAGUUGUCAACAAUUUUGUGACAAACCCUCCAGUCAGAUGACGAGGGUGUGUAUAAAUUAUUUUUUUACAGGUUUGACCAGAGCACUUUCGUUAUUCCCUACUGAAGGUUUGAAAAAAAAAAAAGAAGAAGAAAAUUGUGUAACUCAUGUAUUUAAACUCAUCUGUGUUAUGAGAAAUGGUCAGUUUCAUACUUGAUUUUAUUUAAACUGAUAGUAAGUGUUUUUGGCUUCUCUUCUAUAGCACGCAUAGUGUUGAACUGAAUUAUAGCUUUCAAUCCAUUGUAUCUUGUAUUCAGUAGAGGCAUAACUCCAGCAAAAUGCAGUGUUGUUUCACGGACUGACACUGGGAGAAAAGGUGAUCAGUCCCAAAAUUGUCAAGGGGUUACGUUAAACUAGGGCUGGGUGAGUUACAUUAAUUGUGAUGAUCAAAGUGUAUGAAUAUUCUUCAUCACUUCAUGUUAUCACUCGUUUUCUCUGCCUGGAUCGUGAACUUACCCUGCUGUUAUCACCUGGUCGGAUCGUUAUGCAGCUCUUUUGUUGUCUUUCUCUGAAAAUGAACAUAUUUAUGUGUCCAAGAUGGAGGCAUGUCCAGACAAACUUUUUCCAACAGCAGUUGUCAUUAUUUAACAUGAUAUGAGUAAAAAUACAUUGUAACUGGACUUUCAAGAAAGUAUACCAGGGUCCAAGCAAGUGAGGGCAACCAGGUGGGCACUGGAAAAAAAAAAAAACACUAUUACACAAUGAUCUUUAUGAGGAUGUGUCUGUAUCACCCAGCCCUAAUUUUUAACAAAUUAUCUUAAUGAUUUACACCCAGGCUAAAGUCGUGUUUCUGUAUAACUUGUUGAACAGAGAGUUCCUUACAGGUCAUCUGCUUAACAGGAAAAAAAAAAACUUGCCAAAUGUUUAUGGCAGCUAUUCUUCGUGCUGCAAACAAAACAAUUUAAGGAUUUACCUUUGAUUCUUAAUGUUCAUAUGACGCACUAAUGUUCACGUUAAUUAUACAAUGAUGGUACAAUCAAAUUGUAAUUGCUAGCCAGUGUAUUUAUGGGUGGCAUGUUUGGGAGAGGACGUUUGUUUGGUUUGUUCUCCUUUACAAGUUAAUGUACAGGCCUGUUUGUGAGGCCUCACACUGUAGCAUUACCUUGAUGGGAUUUUAAUCUUUAAUGUAUGAAAAACAAACAAGCAUACAUUGGUCCUUAAUGCACUAAAAGUGGACUUUUAAUUCAGCAAAGAAAGUUCACUAAAAUGUAAAUUAAUUAAUGUGAUGUGUUUUAAAAAAAAAGUUAUCUUCAGUGCAAAUGAAUCUAAAUCCAGUCUAGUCUACGCUAUUAGGUUCAAAAAGUUGACUCUAAAUAUUGAUGCAGUACCUGUUGAAUUCUGUAAAGAUUUGUUGAUUUCAUUCUUGUACAUAAUCGCUUGCAGUGAAACAUUUUUGUGCACUCAACCUUGGAUUUAUUCUCAAAUCCUGUUAUGUCCUUUGAAUUUUAGAAUAUAAAAAUAAAUUGACUCUUGAUGAUUAAAAUAA